CGCGUAGUCACAAUACUCGGUCACAUUAUACACCAUUCAAUUCAGUAGAAAUUUUGUGUUUGUGUCGCUCUCAUUGGUUUAAAUAAGCCGUCAAUAAUGGGCAAUAAAUCUUCGCUGUUUCUGCGGCACGAGGAGAUAGCACAGAUACAAAAUGAAACUGGCUUUACACCCAAUCAGAUUGAGCGUCUUUACUCGCGCUUCACCUCGCUGGAUCGCAAUGACUGCGGCACGCUCUCCCGCGAGGAUCUGAUGCGCAUACCCGAGCUGGCAAUCAAUCCGCUCUGCGAGCGCAUCGUGCACUCUUUCUUCGCCGAGAGCUCCGACGAUCGGGUGAACUUUCGCCAGUUCAUGAAUGUGUUGGCUCACUUCCGACCGCUGCGGGACAACAAGCAGAGCAAGCUGAACAGCCGUGAGGAGAAGCUAAAGUUCGCCUUCAAGAUGUACGACCUGGACGACGAUGGUGUCAUCAGCCGGGACGAGCUGCUCUCGAUCCUCCACAUGAUGGUCGGCGCGAACAUCAGUCAAGAUCAAUUGGUCAGCAUUGCAGAGCGCACAAUUCUGGAGGCGGAUCUGUGCUGUCAGGGCAAGAUCUCGUUCGAGGACUUCUGCAAGGCGCUGGAACGGACCGAUGUCGACCAGAAGAUGUCCAUUCGAUUCCUCAACUAAUGCCGCAGCAUAAGCAGCGAAACAAAAUUUAAAAUUUCUUAGUCACUGUGAACCAAAUAGAGUUUAGUCCAAUUAAUAUAUAUACACGCAUAUAUAUAUAGAUAGGCAUAUAUAUAUGUGGGUAUAUAUCAAGUCCGAGGCAUAUUCAAUUGUAUUAGUAACUUAUAUACUAUGAUUAUUGUUGAUUGCUUUUACGCUAGCUAAUUUCAUUCCGCUCUAAAGUGAAAUUCAUGCAUUUGUUUAACGGUCAGCCUAAAAUAUUUAUUAACUUGAGUUUUGGUUUUUUUAUUAGUUAGUUCUGAGCUUGAAAUAAAAACGUGUAAAUAUGUA